ACAGGAAGCGAAAAUCGUAAAAUGGUGUCUGUUAACCUGCGAUGUCGACGAGGUUGUUUUUAAUAAUCUGAAUCGCGUGAAGCCGCGUCGAAAUGGCUGGUGAUAAACCGUGGAACGCGGAAAUGUGGAAGUCAUGGGAGAAACACGGCCGAAGCGACUUGUAAGUGGUCACCGUUUAACGGAUGAAGAAAACGAGGAAAGCGAUAAGAAACGGAGAAUAUAAGGAAAGGCGAGAGAGCGAGGAGAGAGAUAGCGAGUCGGGCGAGCGUGGCGAGGGAGAGAAAGAGCGAGAGAUAUAUAUAUAAUAUAUAGAAAGAGCGGGCGAGAACGAGAGACGUGCUAAAAGUGAAUGAAAAAGCGCGCGGCCUUAGGAGGGCCGCGACAAAAUAGUCGAGUCGCGAAAAGGGUCUUGCACGUCACCGCGGAUAUACCUAAAAUGAUAUGCCAAUAAAUAAGUCUCUCGGCCCGACAUUUCUUCUCGCGAACACUACCUACUUCGAGACAUUAUUCAAUUCAAUUACCGACUGUUUGCAGCCUCAAGCUUAUCAAGCACAAAUUUAAGGAAGGCAACGCAACAGCUCAAGCCUAUUUGGAUCUAAUGAAUCAAGUGGAGCACAUGCUGUAAUGGAGACGAGGAUUGUACGAAUUGAUAUCGAAUGGAACCCUUGGAACCAUAAAAAAGGACAGCGUUGUCUCGACUUUGGCUGAAGUCAUGACUAUCGACGACGCAAUACCAUCAGCGAUCGUAGACGUGUUCACUUUAAUUGAUGCAGAGGCUCACAGUAACGAGAGAAACAAUUUUUACUACAUCGUCAAGGAAUCAGAAAAGUUCCUCACAGACAGGAUACUCAAAGAACGUCUGGAGAUUGAAACCCUCCAGGAUGUGGGUACAUUGAAGAACCGGAACUUCCAAACGAAGUUCAUAAAAGUGAAAACAAAGUUAUACUACAAACAGCGAAAGUUCAACUUGUUUCGCGAGGAGAGUGAAGGCUACUCAAAACUGAUAGUGGAGCUGAAUCAGGAUCGUCCAGAAUGCGAAGUCGCAUCCGUCUUGGAAAUCGUCAAAUCUUUGAUCGGGUACUUCAAUUUGGACCCCAACCGCGUACUGGACAUCUUAUUGGAAACCUUCGAGAAUCGUCCAGAGGAUGAUGGCUUGUUCAUUCCGUUGAUCAGAUCAUACAUGAGCGACCAGCAGGUCCUCUGUGAGGUGUUGGGAUUUAAAUAUAGAUCAACUGCCAUGGCUACGCCAUUCUCCCUGCAGAAGGUCACCGCCUUAAUGCUUCAACACCAUGUCAUCAAGCUUGAUGAUAUCCUACCCUGGCUCGUCCCCGACGAUCGGAGUAUCAUCAAGGACCAUGAACAGGCAAUGAAGCAGGCUAAGGAAUACGUGCGGAAGCUGAGCGUCAUCUCAACAAAGGAUAAAGAAGAAGUUCCAGAAGAGAAGGAAGUAAUCCAGCAGGAUAAAUAUUCGACAAAUCAAAAAUUUGGAUUAUGCGAGGCUUUACUGGAGGUUGGUGCUUGGGACAUAGCACAGAGCUUAUUUAAUCGGCUACCGGAUCAUUGUCUGACUGAACAGAAGCCCAUAGCAUUAGCUCUCUGCAAAAUGAUUCAAUCAGUAAUCGAACCGGUUUACAGAAAACACUGCAUAAUAUCUCCAAAACUGCCAGGGCGUAAAGUACCUCCAUUAAAAAGUCCUUUGGCCCCAAAGUCAGUGCAGGAAUUAGAAGACAUUCAUGAUCAUCUCCUGCCAAUGUUAAUAAUCCUUGGACCAAACCUUCAUCACGAUCCAAUUUUAAUGUACAAGAUAAUGCGUCUGUGCCAUACAGCAAUACGUCAAUGCCCUUUGGAUUCUAACAAACUUCCUAUUGAUAAAAACACAAACCUUUAUUACGACGUCCUUACAAUUCUCGACGUAGCUCUUUUACCGUCCUUAUCCUUCAUGGACUGUAAUUGCUGUGUCGCUGAGGAAGUCUGGAAUAUCCUGAAGCAUUACCCUUAUCAGAAUCGAUAUUGCCUUUACGCCCGUUGGAAAAACGAUACGCCCCUCCAGCAUGCUGCUCUUCUCCGCAAACGUGCGGAUGCACAGAAGAAAAUAAAAUCAAUCAUGAAGAGAGUGUCCAAGGAGACGAUUAAGCCUGUAGGACGUUCUAUUGGAAAAUUAACGCAUUCCUCACCUGGUGUUCUUUUCGAUUAUGUUCUUAUUCAAAUUCAGUUGUAUGAUAACUUAAUUGGACCUGUCGUGGACUCUUUAAAGUAUUUGACGAACAUUUCGUAUGACGUCUUGGGAUAUUGUCUCGUUGAGGCACUCGCUGGUGCUGAUAGAGACAGAUUUAAACAUGACGGGACGAGUAUUUCCCUUUGGUUACAAUCAUUGGCUUCGUUUUGCGGAGCCAUUUUCAAAAAAUACAACAUCGAACUCACUGGGCUAUUACAAUAUGUUGCUAAUCAAUUGAAAGCUCAAAAAAGCUUAGAUUUGUUAAUAGUCAAGGAAAUUGUACAAAAAAUGGCAGGCAUUGAGGCUGCCGAAGAGAUGACUUCGGAUCAACUCGAUGCAAUGGCCGGGGGCGACCUUCUUAAGAACGAGGCUGGAUAUUUCAGUCAAGUGCGGAACACAAAGAAGUCGUCGCAGAGACUCAAGGAAGCGCUCGCAGAACAUGAUCUGGCUGUGGCGCUUUGUUUACUAAUGGCUCAGCAAAAGCACUGUGUUGUUUAUCGCGAAACUGAUAAGUCUCACUUGAAACUUGUAGGAAAAUUAUAUGAUCAGUGUCAAGAUACUUUGGUACAAUUUGGAACGUUCUUGGGUUCCACAAUGACAGUCGAUGAAUACGUUGAGCGUCUCCCAUCUAUACAUUCGAUGCUACAAGAUAACCAUAUUCAUUCAGACGUAGCAUUUUUCCUGGCAAGACCUAUGUUUGCCCAUGCAAUUAACAUAAAAUAUGAUGCAUUACGAAAAGCUGAUCCAAAUUAUAAAAAAAUGUCAACUGCUAUGAAGCAAGCAAAAUAUGCAGAAGCGGCUCAGGCAGUAAUGGCUCCGGUUGCUCUCUCCGUCCGCCCUUUGCAUCCACUCAAGGUCUGGGAAGAUAUUUCACCGCAAUUUUUAGUUACUUUCUGGUCCCUUUCUAUGUAUGAUCUCUACGUACCAAUGGAGAGUUAUCAAAGAGAAAUUAACAAGCUUAAACAACUUGCGGUACAAGCUGCCGACUCCAAAGAUAUGAAUGUUAGUAAGGGGAAGAAGGAACAAGAAAGGUAUACUACACUCAUUGAGAAGUUACAAGAUGAAAGAAGAAAGCAGGAAGAGCAUGUAGAGAAAGUAUUCGCUUACCUUAGACAAGAAAAGGAUUCUUGGUUUUUAUCACGGAGUGCAAAGUCUGCUAAGAACGAGACGAUAACGCAAUUUUUACAAUUAUGCCUGUUUCCAAGAUGUACUUUUACUACAGUCGACGCCAUGUACUGCGCUAAAUUUGUACAUACUAUCCAUUCACUCAAGACUGCUAAUUUUUCCACGCUUCUUUGUUACGACAGACUUUUUUGCGAUAUCACUUACUCGGUGACUUCCUGUACGGAAAAUGAAGCUAAUCGUUAUGGAAGAUUUUUAUGCGCCAUGUUGGAGACUGUUAUGAGGUGGCAUUCGGAAAAGGCUAUUUUCGAUAAGGAAUGUAGCAAUUAUCCGGGAUUCGUAACCAAAUUCCGCGUGAGCAAUCAAUUCUCUGAAGCAAAUGAUAUGGUGGGAUUUGAAAACUAUCGUCAUGUCUGUCAUAAAUGGCAUUACAAAAUUACUAAGGCUAUAGUGGUAUGCUUGGACUCCAAGGAUUACGUGCAGAUUCGUAAUUCCUUAAUAAUUUUAAUAAAAAUUUUACCUCAUUUCCCUGUCCUGGCGAAACUCUCGCAAAUCCUUGAACGUAAAGUCGAGAAGGUGCGCGAGGAAGAACGCGGACAGCGUCAGGAUCUUCACGUCCUGGCUACAUCUUACAGUGGUCAACUCAAAGCAAAGACACCUAGUAUGAUACGUGAAUCCGAUUUUCACCAUGUGGGCGAUAAAGCUGGAAAAUCUCAGGAUACCACAGCAAAUAAUGAUGUUACGGAACGAGUAACGAAUGGCCUUGUAACAAAGGAAGUCAAUCAAGCAAAUGGUGAAACCCGCGUGGAUAAAGAUCCUAAGGAACGAGAGAAACGCAGUAAUCCUAACCAAACUCAUCAUGAAAAUUCGGAGAAACUAAGAAAAAAGGAAGAGAGUAAAGAGGUAAUAGAAGUUCGCGAGAAGCACGUCAAAAAGGAUGAACCAAAGGAGGAGGAACCGGCCGAUAAGAAAGAUCGAAAAUAUUACAAGGAGGAACAUUACUAUGGUGGAGGAGUUGACAACCUCGACCGUGAUCUUUCUAGCGUAUCGAACAGCAGUGCCAGUUCAGGACCACCACAAGAUGGUCCCGAUCGAGGUUCUGAUGUCAAACGAAGAAAAGUUGACAGUGUACCCAAGGAAAGCAGAAGAGCGGAAGCUGGAGCCGAGAAGAAGGAACGUUCAGGAAAGGCAAAAGUACGGGACGAACAGAAGGAACUUCGCCGGGAGAAAAAGCUGGGCAGGAAGAGGGAUCGAGCUGAAGAAUCCGCCGCUGUGACCGAACAAAAACGCCGAAAAGAUGACGACAGAGCAAAAGGAGCCCAUCAAAACGGAGACAUGCCCGAGCACAGAGAAAAGCACCACUACAGCAAGGAAAAAUCGCCAUAUAAGGAGAGAGCUCAUGAACGCGAAGGACGUGAAAGCCGAGAUAAACAUAGGCGAAGUUCGGACCCAAAACGAAGAUGAUGCAGAACGACAGAAGGAACCUGACUUAACAUUUUAUAUCCUACGUUUGAAUGUUGUAUGUAAUUAAGCUAGAAUUGAAAAUAAUCAUAUAAUAAAGAUGAAUAGUGGAUAAUUUGUA